UCCGUGUUUUCUUCACUCGUUUACUUUCUCCUGGUCGCACCUAGGGUUUCUCUCUGGUAAUAAUAAUUCUCUCUAUAUUCACUCACUUACCUUUCAUUUCAUCUAUAUCUAUACCUGAAUCCACAAUUCAUUUAGGGUUUCAGUUUCACCGUACUCAAAUUUCUGCUAAUAUCAUCUUAACGUUGCAAUCUGAAAUGCUCAUUUGAUUCUAUAGUAUACACACUCAAAAUCACAUAAAAAUCUGGAAAUAAAUGUUUAUUUAAGCUAAAUUUAGUUUGUUUUUUCGAAACAAUGACGGAUAAUCGUUUAUCGAAUCUGAAAACAAUGAAAUGCUACGAUUAUGCUUCGAUUUUAUCCGAUCAGAAUGUUUUUAGGUCAAUUAAUUUCAACGAUGAUUGGAAUUUAGGGCCUAGUAAUCAUGUAGCUCAAUCUAGGUUAAAAGAUGAAGGUGAUCUUCAUGAGGAUUCUGACUUUAGUGAUUUAGUUCUUAAGUAUAUUAACCAGAUGCUUAUGGAAGAUGAUAUAGAUGAGAAAAACUGUAUGUUUCAAGAGUCUGCCGCUCUUCAAGCUGCAGAAAAGUCUUUUUAUAAUGCUCUUAUGGUCAAAGAUGAUCAAGAUGUAGAUCGUGUUGCGGAAUCGGUAGAUUCUUUUGGCUCUAUGAAUGGUACAGGUCUUACCUGUGAUGUUUGUGAAUCUCCGGUUUUACCGAAUACGUCGAUUAGUUUUGAUUCACAGUCUAGGUUUAAUCCGUCUUACGGCUUGUUUAGCGGUACUAGUAGUGUUGUCGAUGGGUUUGUGGAUUCGCCUGUGAGUAUUUUAAGUUUUCCAGAUAUGUUCUGUGAGAACCGGUCUAUGCAGUUUCAAAAGGGUUUAGAUGAAGCAAGUAGGUUUCUUCCCUAUGGUAGGGUUUUAGACAGUAUAGGUGUCGGUGUCCUGGAUCAAAAGGCGGUGAUCAAGACGGAGAAGAAACUUGAAACUGGCUCCGUUCCAGAUGUGUCGAGAGGAAGAAAGAAUCCUUAUACUAAAGAUCUCGUCGAGGAUGGAAGGAAUUCGAAGCAGUCUGCGGUUUAUAGCGAGCCAGCCGUGCGAUCGAAGAUGUUUGACGACAUGUUGCUAUGUGGCGGAGCGAAAACUCAUCCUUCUCAAUAUGAGUUUGUUCGUAAAGAGACUGCUGGUAAAGGUCAACCGGGUCAACCCAAGGGGGCUAAUGGGGUUAAAGCGCGUGGGAAGAAACAAAAGGAAGUGGUGGAUUUGAGAACACUUUUGAGCCUGUGUGCACAAUCGGUUUCCACCAAUGACCAAAGGGGUGUGACUGAUCUACUGAAACAGAUAAGAGAGCAUGCUUCGCCCACAGGUGAUGGGAUGCAAAGAUUGGCCCAUUACUUUUCUGCUGGGCUUGAAGCUCGUAUGGCCGGUUCAGGAACCGGAAUCUACAAAGCUCUUCUUUCUAGGCCCACAUCAGCUGUUGAUAUAUUGAAAGCUUACCAUUUGUUCCUCGGGUGCUUCCCUUUUACUAAAAUUUCUCAUUUUGUUUUCAACAAAACUAUUAUGUCUGUUGCACAAAACAAAGCAAAACUCCACAUAAUAGAUUUUGGUAUUCUUUACGGUUUCCAAUGGCCCAGCCUUAUACAACGUAUUUCAAGUAGGCCCGGUGGGCCACCCGAGCUUCGAAUAACUGGGAUUGACUUCCCAUGUCCUGGUUUUCGACCGGCCCAACGGGUUGAAGAAACUGGGCGUCGGUUAGCAAAUUAUGCUGAAAGAUUUGGCGUUCCGUUUAAAUUCAAAGCGAUAGCACAAAAAUGGGAAACAAUCACAAUCGAGGAUCUUGAGCUUGAUGAUGACGAAACACUUGUUGUAAAUUGUGCUUACAGGUUUCGAAACUUACUUGAUGAAUCAGUCAUGGUGGAUAGUCCAAGGAGUAAAGUUUUAGAUCUUAUCAGGAAAAUGAACCCAGAAAUUUUUAUACAUGGGAUUGUGAACGGGGCGUAUAAUGCACCGUUUUUUCUAACAAGGUUUAGAGAGGCUUUGUUUUUCUUUUCUUCUUUGUUUGAUAUGCUUGAUGCCACUGUUGACCGUUCCACCGAAGAUCGAAUACUGGUUGAGAAAACGAUAUGGGGUCGGGAGGCGAUGAAUGUUAUAGCUUGUGAAGGUGGUGAGAGGAUUGAACGGCCCGAGACUUAUAAACAAUGGCAGGUGAGGAAUCAACGGGCUGGGUUUCGCCAGGUGGCGAUAGAUCAAGAAAUCGUGAAGAAGGCUAAAGAUUGGGCGAUUUCUGAUUACCAUAAAGAUUUUGUUAUCGAUGAAGAUGGUUAUUGGAUGUUGCAGGGGUGGAAAGGGCGUGUUAUAUAUGCAAUUUCUUCAUGGAAACCCGUAUAUUGAUCCUGGGGAUGUUAAAUGGGUCGUGUUUGCGGGUUGACGGGCUGCUUUUCUUGCUGGGCUAGUUAUUGUAACGCCUUGGUCAGAAAUCAUGAAUCUACAAGCCAAGGAGCUAAGUCGCGAGAAAGUUGGGUGUUGUUUAAUCAGUUAGAGCAUAUUGCACAGAUGAAGAUAAAGAGUUAUAAUUUGUGAAAUGGAAAAAAGGGUGACAAUGUAUUGUAAUUGUUUUGUAAAAUGUCAUUUCUUUAUCGUUUCAAUAAAGUUAUUAUUAGCCACCGCAACCUGCUACCACUGCCACCACCGCCAUGGAAGUUGUUGUCGGGACAACCUCCAUGACUGUUUACAAAUAAGUUUUAUGAGUUUCAGUUCAUGUUAUAAUAUAAUACAUCUUAGAUCAUAGGCGAGCUAAAGCUCGAGCUAAUAAACGACGAAAUACUAGCUCAGAAAAUAGUUCUUUACAAAAUAUAUCAGAUAACAAAAGUCUUAUAUCCACUUGUACUUUAUACACGUUAAACUCUUGUAUCCUCUGUUGUUAAAAAGUCAAUUGUUCCUCACCUGCCAAAUAAACUACAUAAACACCAACACGUCAACACGAUGGCAUGAACUGGAUUCUUAUGCACGUUACUACCCUGGAUGCAAUUCGAGGUCAUAAGCAGGCCUUGAACAGAAUUACCCUUAGUCGUUGAGCUUCAACACCACCUCCAAACCUCGUUGAACAGAAUUACCCUUAGGCGUUGAGCUUCAACACCACCUCCAAAUGUCGUUCCAAACAUUGUCCGCUAGUGGGCAAGAGAUGAGCAUAUGAUCAGAACCACAGGCCGAACAAAUCGUGCAUGAUACAGGACAUUUCUCUUUGUAAGUUCUACACUUGAAGGGAUUCUUACCACCUAACCUUUUUCUAGGAACAGCGGAAUAUAUAAAAACGGCUAGCCAAAAGCUAUCACAAAAACAAGAACAUUUUGUAAACAAACCGCCCAACUAAAUUUAGUCUAUCUAUUUCUAUUCCUUAUCCACAAAAAUGAAAAGCCAAGAAUAGAGUCAAGAUUGUUCCUCAUGACCCGAUCAUUCAAAGCAAACACCAUGUCAUUAUGAAUUUUCCAUAAAACCUACAAAGUCGCAAGGAUGAUACCGUGCAGGCGUGCACUAUAUGUUUCUUUUGCAUUGUCAUCUCUAAAGAAUCCAACCAAGGAAGAAGCUCCAAUGAAUUGAAAGAUAAAGGCGACUGAAUAUGAAGCCAACUGAAAAUCAAACACGAGACACACAAGGCGCAACUCACAACUACUUAGAAUAUGCUCCAAACGCUCCUCCCUCGCAUCACACACUAAGACAAACCACCCUUGGGAUGUCAAUUCCCCAAUACACCAAAUGUAGUCUAUUUGGCAGACGAUUUAGUGUUUACCUUAUUCCAUCUUGUCUCCGAAGGACCAAAAGAUCAAGAUAUAUGAACAAUCAACCUUGGGAUAUUUUUAACCGUUAAUGUAUCAUCCGCAUCAAAAUCCCAAAACCACCUAUCCCUUUCGCUAUUAAACCUCUGAUCAUUAGUUUUUGACCUCCUCUAACUGGCCGGCGUUAGGACCAUCUACCCCUCUCCAAGAGCUAAUAGAACAAUCACUUUGAUGAUCUAGGUAAUCUCUCCCUCAGUGUGUCAUCAUCCAACUAGUGACCUGUAAAAAUGGUAUGAACAGUUUUAUGCAAAGCAAUCAACAACAACAACACCAGAAAUAGUGAUAAAACGGUGACAUAAAACUUUUAUUAU